CGAGUGGCUCAGCCAGUCAGAUUCAAACGUCUCCAUCGUCAACAGGAAACGAAGGAAGCGUCCUUGGAGAUGUUGUUAGGAGUGUAACGUUCGCAUCUUUUGUGCACAAUGCCGCCGUCAAAGAACUGACAGAUAAGCGUUGCUUCCACAGAGGUUAAUUUAAAGUUGGGAAGUAACCAUGACUGCAGCUGCUCUAGUAGGAGACCAGCUGAUCCUCGAAGAGGAAUACGAUGAGAAUUAUAUACCCUCUGAACAAGAGAUCCAAGAGUAUGCAAGAGAGAUUGGCAUUGACCCUAACAAUGAGCCCGAGCAUCUGUGGCUGGCAAGGGAGGGCAUUGUCGCCCCUUUGCCUCCUAAGUGGAAGCCUUGCCAGGACGUGACAGGGGACAUCUACUACUUCAACUUCUCCACGGGUCAGUCCACCUGGGAUCACCCCUGUGACGAGCACUACCGACGCCUGGUGGCCCAGGAGCGUGAGCGAGCUCAGCUCACAGCCACAGCUGGGGGCGCAGGAGCCAAGAAAGACAAGAAAAAGAAGAAAGAAAAGAAGAAGAAGAAGGAACCACUUAAAACUCCUGGGGCCCUCAGUUCGUCUCUGGGACCUCUGCAAUCUUCGCUUACCAGCCUGGCUCCCCUGCGAGGUCUAGAUGCCCCCAGCCAAAGCGCUCUCCCUGGAUCUGCCCCUGCUCUGCGGGGGUCUCUCGGCAGCUCCGGGGGGUUGGAACCCCUCAAGAAACCCCUACAGGCUCCUCGAACCAGUGGAGCAACCAGAAUACUCGGCAGCCGACAGGAAGAGAGAGUGUCAUUUACUUUUCCCGAUUUUGACAGUGAUGAUGACAAAAUCUCAGAAAACGAGCCAAGUCCUCAUGAUUCAGACAGACUAUUGAAGAAUCUCCACCUGGAUCUGGAUGCCCUCGGAGGAAGCCUAAAGUAUGAGGAAAGUGAUGCCACUUGCGCAGCACCAGCUGAGGAGAGGACGGAGCCCGAGUUGCAGGAUUUGGGCCUGUCUGGUGACCACAGCCCUGAACUGCAGUCACAACAAGAUUCUCUGAAGGGUCGCCACAGCCAACUCUCUCCACAGACAGGCAGUGGAAAUCAUGUCAGUGAGGAAGGGGCUGAUGCUGUCACUCCUGAUCCUGAACACUCUGCUGAGCACUCAGAAGAGGAGGUAGCAGAGGAGUUAAAUGAGGCAGAGGAAGAAGAGCAGCAGGGUAGCACAUUAGACAAAGAUGAAAAAGGAGCAAAAGAGACAAAAGGAGAUGUGGAAGGUAGACAGGAAGAUGGGAAAAGCCAAGAGGAGGGGAAAGAGAUAGAGGAUGCUCAAAGUAAAGCGGCUGGAGAGAACAAGAAAGGGGAAGAUGAAAAUAAUGAGCUAGAGGAAGAGUGCUGUGAAGAUAAGGACGAGAACAAAGAUGAAGACAGAGAGAGGAAAGAAGAGGAGCAAAGCAUAGAAGAAGAGGAAUGUGAGGAUGGUAGCAGUGAAAUCGUAAAGAAGUCCUCCAAAAGUGAUCAAGGUGGAGUAAGUCGGGAGGAGGACAGAACUGACAAAGAGAGGGAUGAGCUUGAGAGAACUGUAAGUGACGGAGGGCACAGUGAGAGAAAGGAAGAGGAGGUCGCGACCAGUAGCAAUGGAGGGCAGGAGGAGGAGAGCGAUAAGGUUUUGGAGAGGUGCUCUCUAAGCCGGAGGAAACUGACAGAGAGUGAUGAGGUGUUGGAAAGAUGUGUACAGAGCGAAGGAGAAGACACAGAGAGGGGGGGAGUGGAGCUAGAGGAUGACUCAGUUGGCCAGAGAGCAUCAGACAGCAAGGAGGAGGAGGAGGAGGUUAUAGAGAGGUUUAAAGAGGAAGGGGCUUAUGACCAACCAGCCAGUAAUGAUCGGAAGAUGAAAAAUGUGACAAAAAAUUCUUCCCUUCCUGCAGAGAAUUCUGAAGCCAGUAAGAACAUUGAGGAGGCGUCGUCCUCCAUAGAUAACAAGCUGUCGCAGAAGGCUCUGGACAUCAACGAUCUGUCUGAUGCUGUCAGUCCGCUGGAAAAAACUGACACAGAGGAGAAGGAAGAGGAGAAAGGAGAAAAGUGGGAAAGGAAAGGAGGAGAGGGCAGCAAGAGCCAUGUGCUGGCCAAAGACAGAGACACAUCCACAGUGCAUAAAGUUGACCGGCUUGUCCUUCACCAGUCCAGCCUUUCACCGUCACCCUCCAUCUCCUCGCAUUCAGACCAGGCUGUCACCCCCAGGCAAACGGCUCAGGGCCUCGGUGUACCUCUGGGAUUUGAGAGGCCUGAAACUUCCAGGGGCCGACAGGCACGGUUUUCGAGCAUCCAAGCUGAUGGUGUUAAACGCUCCUUAAAAAAACAAGAGAGGGCUAUGGAAGAAGAGCCGAGAGGAAAAAGCCGGAAAGACGGGGAGAAGAAAGAGAGUGAGAAAGAAGAGGAGAGGAAGAGGCUAGAGAGAGAGGAGAGGAGUAAGAAGGAAAGAGAGGAGAUGGAGAGGGAAAGGAGGAAAGUUGACCGAGAGAUAGAGGAGGAGAAUGAGCGCAUAGCUAAGGAAAAAGAACAGAGGAUUCGUCUCCUCGAGGAAGAGCUGAAAAGAGAAGAGGAGGAGGAGGAGGAGAAACUGAGGGGGGAGACUGAGGAAAGACUGAGGGCUUUACGGCAGCACCUCCUGUCUAGAAGGAGAGAGGAGGAGACCAGGCUGAACGAGGAGUCUGACAGAACGUUGGAGGAGCUCAGAGAGUCUACGAAGAGGGAGAGGGAGCAGCAGCAACACAAACUUAGGGAAGAGAGUGAAGUCCUGUUAAAGGAGGUACGUGUCACUCUAGAGGAAGAGCAAACUGCAGCGCGGGAAAGACUGGAGGCCCAGAAGACACGGGACAUCGAGCGACUGAAGGCGGAGUUAGAAGAAGAGCUGGAGACGGAGAAGAAGAGGCUCCAGAGAGAGAGGGAGGAGAAACUGGACUCUCUGAAACAGGAGGUCAGAAGCACAGAGAGGAGGAGGGAGCUAAUGAUGAGUCCGCGGCCUGAGCUGCAACUGGCCGAGUACCACCGCGAGCUGACCGAUGUGCUCCAGGAAGUGCGAGAGGAAGUGCAGCGGGAUCACGAGAGGAAGCUGGAGCAGCUGAGGAACGACCACAGGAGAGAGAUGAACAGCAUAAGAGAGAAAUAUCUAGACGAGGAGACGGCUCAGAGGGAGCGCUUGCUGUCCACUCUGCAGGAGGACAGAGAGCGAUUGCAGGCCUCACAUGCUGUCCAGCUGGAGAAGCUCCGCUUACAGCUGGAUGCACAGAUACAAAAGACUGAGCUGGCACACUCACGCAAGCAGUCAGAGCUGCAGGAUUUGGGGGAUCAGCUGGAGCUGAGAGCCAAAGAGCUGAAGAGCCAGGAGGCCAUGCUGCAGACCAAGGCAGCAGAUCUGAAGAGGAGGAGGAAGCUGCUUGGAGAAGAGGAGCAGGAAGUGGACAGACAGAUAGAGGCCUUACCUCAGCUGAUCCAGGAAAGAGACCUGCUGAGAGAGGAGCUAGAGAGGAUGAGAAAAGAGAAAGCCCAAGCCAGAGAACUCGUCAACAGAGCCAGGGAGGAGAGGAGUGAGGCCAAGGAGAAGGAGGAGAGGCUCAGGGAGGAGUUGGACCGAGCCAGGGAAGAGAGCAGGAGAGCCAGGGAGGACAAGGAGCACCUGGAGUCCAAGGUGGCAUUGCUGCAGGAAAGAUGUGACCGCCUCAGCCACAGAGUCAGUGAGCUGGAACGAGGUGAAGGGGCGAGCACGUCCCCGGAACAAGAGCAGGACAGAAAGAAGAAGGCAGAGAAGGCGACGACGGCCUCCACUGACAGAGGAGACACAUCACUACACGUAGAUGACCUGGAGGAGCCGCCUCUUUCCCCUGUACCUGACAGCAACAGCAGCAUGGAUGAAUUCCGGCGGUACAUCUCCUCACAUGGCGCUUCCAUCCAGAAGACCAAACUCUUCCUGGAGAGAGAGAGCAGCCGGCUGAUGGAGAGGCAGGCGGCCCUGCAGGCCCACCCCGCUCAGGGAACAGCGACCGAAGAGACGAUGAGAAACCUUGAGCAGGAGGCCAACAGUGUGGCGGAGCUGGAGCGGACGGUUCAGAGAGGAAACAGUCUCCUGCGGAGGAAAGAGGAGCAGCUUCUGCAGCUAGAGAACUCUAUAGCCAAAGAGCCGCUGUUUGAGGAUUUGUCUCGGCUCGCCGGAGGAAGGAAGGUAACCUUUGAUGUGAGUGAGUCAGACUUCAGCAGCACCGUGGAAGCGCCAUAUGGGGCAGGUUAUAUUCCCACCGUUCCAGCCAAAGUCCAGGAAUUAGCAGAGUCACUGCAGCAGAUCUCAGGCCAGCUCAACACCGUCCUGGGUGCCUUGGGUUCGCUGACCCAGCAGCAGAGCACCACACCUUACGCAGCUUUCCCUCCACCUCUGUCUCAUCCUCACUCCACUCUAGCUCCUACCUCCUCCUCAUCAGCUCCUAUCAGUGGUCAGACGUACAACCUGGGAACCAGCUCCUUAGCCCCGCCUCCUCCUCUGGAGAGGCCCUCAGAGCCACCGUGGAGCUGGCCGACUCAGAGCCGCUCUGCAGCCUCCCCACUCUUCAGCACGCCCAUCAGCAGUGAGCUGAGGGCAUCCAGGGACACCCUCAACAGCCGCUGGAGCCAGAUAUUCCCUGGAGCAGCUGUUGCCCCGCUUGGUUCCAGCACAACAAGACCCUCCACGGCUUACUCAUCAUAUACUCCUCUGAAUGAACACAGCCGAGGGCUUCACUCCACACCGAGAUCAGCUGAGAUGGACGGCCAAAGGCUGCAGCGACUGAUAGACGGCAACAAGAGGUGGCUGGAAAUGCGCAAGAAAGACACCAGCAUACCGCUGUUCACCCGCUAUCAGGCUCCCUCCUCAAAGAGUGGGCUGGUCCAGCUGGGCCUGGAUGACAACAAUCAGAUCAGAGUCUAUCAUUACUGACAACAUGAUGCACGGCCUCCCUCUACCGAGACUGUUACCGAGGACUUUGUAUUACUGACUGUGACAGGUCUGCAUCGUGAUGUUUACAUUCCUUCUUCUUCUUUUAAAAUUAAAUAUGUCAGUUCAGAAAAUUUUCAGGGAUCGUUCAGCCUCCUCUGCUCUUCCCAGAGGAAGAGAUCACUCUAGAGGACAUGGCUGUUCAUUCAGGGAGGUUACAUAUCUGAGAGGGCUGAGGACUUUUAUCCUCCAACACUAGAAACUACUUUUUUUUUUUUUUUUAGGCAAACAAAUUCAGGGUUAGAGGUCCAUGCCAGAACUUAUCCACUCUGUGUUUUAAAGCUGUAGUUCACUUGCGUCGGGUUGGGUUUUCCUAACAAGUAUAAGACAAUCACAGAGAAGUGUCCUGUGCGAUUUCUCUAUUGCCGAAACCUUUCCUUCCACAACACGGCCUGAUGGAGUUUAACCGUUUAUGUAAUGCACUUUUUAACAGA